AUGUUUGUCAAGAAACUCGUUGAAAAAGCUUCAAUUAAGAAGCCUGGUGGAAAUUCACUAGAAGGGUUAAAAGCUAGUGAUGUCAAUCCACGAGUGGUGUUUCAUCAAGGGAUACCAUCAGGUGGUGACAAAAUUGCCUAUGACACCAUUCAGAAGAUACUGGCUCUUUCUACAAAGGAUGGCAGGAUUAAACUAUAUGGAAAAGAUAAUGCUCAAGCCCUGCUUGAUUCUAGUGAGCCUCUACCUAGCAAGUUUUUACAGUUCAUCCAGAACAAAGGCAUCCUUUUAAAUGUCACUUCCAGUAAUCAUAUUGAGGUUUGGGACAUAGAGAAGAAAGUGUUGUCUGACGUAUAUGUUGCUAAAGAAGAAAUCACUAGUUUUGCAAUCAUUCAACAUAGCCUCUAUAUGUAUAUUGGACAUUUUAAUGGUAAUGUAUCAGUUUUGAAGCUUGACCAAGAUCCAUGGCAUAUAGCUCAGAUGAAAUACACCAUACCCUUUUCUGCUUCCUAUGGGAAUUCUGAAGUUUCUGACGAUACUCUUGUGAUGCAUGUGCUGCCUCAACCAGCAGCUGAAACUAAGAGGGUUCUCAUAAUCUUUAAAAAUGGCCAAAUAAUACUAUGGGACGUUCAGGAAAGCAGAACUAUUUUCAGAACUGGUGGAAAUAUUUUGCAGACAUUACAUACUAAUGAAACAAAAAAAGUGAGUUCGGCAUGUUGGGCAUGUCCGUUUGGAAGUAAAGUAGUUGUUGGAUACAAUAAUGGAGAGCUCUUCAUUUGGAGCAUACCUUCUCUAAAUACAGGAAAUGGAGGAAAGGCUAGUCGACUGUAUGUCAUGGGAGCUUCUGAGUUUGCAAGUUCAAACUUGUUACAGGUAGUGUUGUUGAAUGAGCAUACGGAAUCUCGCACGACUAAGUUAGGACUUCUUUUGUCUGAAUGUUGUGUUGACAUGGAGAUCAUAUCAACUUCAACUGAGCAAGACAAGCAUAAACAAGAUUCUUUCCUUGUGCUGGGAAAGUCAGGUUCAAGCAUCACAACAGCAAAAUUCAUCUCGAACAACUCUAAUGUGUUUUAUUUUGAAGAUGAGUACUACAGGCAGCUGGUGAAAAAUCAUCCCCUUUUUGUUCCAGUUGAAACAAAUCAAAAAGAUGGGACUAGCCCGAGUUCAGCUAAAUUUUCUGGAUUUUCAAAAGUUCUAAACUUGUAUAUAACUGGACACAGCAAUGGAGCUGUAAACUUCUGGGACGCUUCGUGCCCCCUUUUCACCCCAAUUUUGCAAUUAAAACAACAGAACGAAAAUGACUUUUCAUUGAGUGGUAUACCCUUGACAACACUGUACUUUGAUAUCAACUCUCCUCUUCUUGUUUCUGGGGACCAAAGUGGAACGGUUCGCAUCUUUAGAUUCAAACCUGAACCAUAUGCCACCAACAUCUUUAGUGGUACAAAGAAAGGGACUGAUCAUAUCAUCCAAAGUGUGAAAACUAUUAAGAUUAAUGGUGCCAUAACUUCUUUGAAGAUGGAUCAUAGCUCCACACGUCUUGCUGUUGGUUCUGAUCAAGGACAUGUUUCGGUUUUUAACAUGGAUGGCCUAACUUUGUUAUAUCAGAAACAUAUAGCAAGUGAAAUUUCUGCUGGUAUCAUCUCGUUGCAAUUCCUAACAUGCAGUUUGCAUGGUUUUGAUAAAAACAUUUUAGCAGUAGGAACAAAAGAUUCUUCUGUUCUGGCACUUGAUAAUGAAACCGGUAACAUGACAAGCACGGAAACUGUUCAUCCUAAGAAGCCCUCUAAAGCUCUAUUUAUGCAGGUGUUUGAUGGACAAGGUGAAGUAUUAACAGGAUCAAUUACAAAGGAUGAAAUAGACUUGAGUGAAGGGAAUCAUAUUGAGAAUGCACCAACAAAGCAAUUGUGCUUUCUGCUUUGUUCAGAGAAAGCUUUAUAUGUGUAUUCAUUAAUGCAUGCUGUUCAGGGAGUUAAAAAGGUGCUUCACAAAAAGAAGUUUCAUUCUUCUUCCUGUUGUUGGGCAUCAACAUUUUACUGUCCCUCCGGUGUUGGUCUUGUAAUUCUUUUCACCAACGGAAGAGUAGAAUUAAGGUCUUUGCCAGAGUUAUCCCUUAUUGUGGAGACUUCAAUUAGAGGUUUCAAUUAUUCACCUGCAAAAUCAAAGUCAUUUUCGGAUUGGCAAAUAUGUUGUUCAUCCAAAGGAGAUCUUGUUUUGGUGAAUGGAGACCAAGAAAUUCUUGCUGUCUCAUUGUUGGUCCAAAGAAAUAUUUUCAGGAUUUUGGAUUCUGUUAGCUGCAUCUACAAGAAAGAAAUGAUGCUGUCACAAGAAGAGCUUGUCCCUGGCCCAGUCAUACAUAAGGAAAAGAAAAAGGGUAUCUUCAGCUCUUUCUCUAGCAAUAAAGAAAAGCCUGUACCCCUCAUGGAAACAGAAAAUUCUAGAGAAAGUAUCCAGGAACUCUCAGUGAUCUUUUCAAAAGAAAACUUUCCUUCUAUUGUUGAUAAUAAUGAUAACCUGGCUAUUGAUGAAGACGAGGUCGAGCUAAACAUAGAUGAUAUUGACCUAGAUGAUCAUGUAGAAAAACGCAAAGAUCGUGGCAUAAUGGGACUUGGAGGUCUUAAUAAGAAGAAACUGACUGGAAAAUUUCAGGCUCUAAAAGGAAGGUUGAAAGAGAUGAAGGGAAACAUCCAAAAAACAUCAGGUAAGGAAGAGCAACAAGAAGAGCGACAAGAGCAACAACCUGGUACCGUCGAUCAAAUUAAGAAGAGAUACGGAUUUUCUUCUUCCUCCAAUGAAACAAGCGUCGCUAAAUUGGCAGAAAGCAAGUUGCAAGAGAACUUGAAAAAACUACAGGGUAUCAACCUUCGAACAACAGAAAUGCAAGAUACAGCAAAAUCUUUUUCAUCAAUGGCAAACCAAGUACUGCGAAGUGCUGAACAGCAACAAGACAAAAGAAAUUGA